AGUCGCGGCGCUGAUUGGUGGGAUAAGCUGUAGGUGCUGACGACACGGCGGCCAUCUUUGUUGAUGUGUCAGUGAGACGGGCUGAAGAUGGAUGUACAGUAGCGGGGAAACUGCGGACACAGAGCCCUGGGGGUGACCGCCGGCUGAUAACUACAUACUCCUUCAGUUAUGGAAGAUCCUGGUGAUCGUUCUCAGGACAGCUCACCCCAUCCAGAUGACCAGCCCGCCUCCCCAUCUUGUGAUGGACAAAAUACUGAAAUGCAAGAAGAGCCUGGACUUGUGUCUGAAAGCAAAGAGAAGCCCCAGGAACAUCGAUCCCCUCUGGUGUCCGUCUCGGAUGAUGGAAUCCAGUUACCGGAGGAGACCUGUGAAAUUCAGCAGCCACCCCAGCUUGGUGCACAGGCUGCUGGUGAGGUUGGUGACUUGGGAGGUCCAGACUUGGUGCAUAUAGCCACCGUGCCUCAGGCCUCAGACCCUGAUAAAUCUGAAACUGUGAUCCCUGAAGACUCCACCACCCAGAAUACUCCAGAUGUGGAGGACAAUGUGGAUGAGGCCCUGGACUUGAGCAGCCACUUUGACACAAUUGGCACCAAAGAGCUUCUCUCUAACAUUCACAUUACACUGUCACAGGAGACUUUACUGGAGGAGAUAGAGACAGAGCUGAGCUCGGCAGAGACGGACUACAAGUUGCAGAAUGGGAUGAGUAAGGGGGGGCGGACUCUUAGUAUGCUGGAGCAGUGCGUCCAGAACAAGUAUCUGCAGCAGGAAAACACCAUUAAAAGGCUGAUUGAGGAGAAUAAGAAGCAUCAGCAGCUGAUCCUGGAUAUCUGCUCUGAGAAGAACCAGCUGAGGGAAGAGGUGAAGAAACGAGGGGAGACUGAGAUCCUGCACAUAAACUCCAUUAAGCAUCUGGAGGGAAGAACUGAAGAAUUCCAUCGAGAGAUCAAAGCUUUAAAGGAGAAACUUGUAGCCCAAGAUGCAGCCUCCAAAUACACCAUCCAGCAGCUCCACAGGGAGAUGUCCAGCAGGACGGAGCAGGCAAAUAAGAAAUGCGAGGAGGCGCGCCAGGAGAAGGAGACGAUGGUAAUGAAGUACGUGAGAGGGGAGAAGGAGUCUCUGGAUCUUCGGAAGGAGAAGGAAGUUCUGGAGAGGAAGCUGAGAGAAGCCAACAAGGAGAUUGAGAAGAACAACACAAGGAUCAAACUCCUAACUCAGGAAAAGGGGCGAUUACAUCAUCUCUAUGAGACCAAGGAAAACGAAAGCAGUCGGCAGAACCGUGAAAUUGAGAGACUUAAGGAAGCCGUCAAUUCCGUCGCCAUAAAGGAGAAGUGGGCCCAAAAUAAACUGAAAACAGAGUUUGACUCUCACAAGGAAACCAAAGAGAAGCUGCGAGACACAACAGCUAAACUAAACCAAGCAAAGGAGGAAGCCGAGCAGAUCCGCAGGAACUGUCAGGAGAUGAUAAAAACAUAUCAGGAGUCGGAGGAAAUAAAAUCCAAUGAACUGGAUGCAAAACUCCGCAUCACCAAGGUGGAAUUAGAGAAACAAAGGCAGGAGAAAACGGACCAUCUAGAGGUUCAUCAAGCUAGAAUGAAGGAACUUGGUGACCUUAAAAGAACGUUUACGGAAGGCAUGGAUGAACUACGGACGCUGCGAACCAAGGUAAAAUGCCUGGAAGCCGAGCGCCUGAGGACGGAGGAGGAAUUAUCCAAGUACAAAGAGCUGAUCAACCGGCAGAAGGUGGAGAUCCAGAGCCUGCAGGACAGGGUGAAGGUCAUAGAGCAGCAGGAGGAGCAGCAUCAGAGGGACAGACAAGAAAUUCAGAGCUUGCAGGAUGAAGCUAGCAGUCUGAACGCAGUCAUCUCUGACCUGCAGAGGGAUAUAGAGGGCAGCAGGACGCGGGAGUCUGAGUUGCUGGGAUUUACAGAGAAGCUUACCAGUAAGAACGCCCAGAUCCAGUCUGAGAACAACUCAUUACAGGCGCAGCUGGACAGGCUGACCUACAGCGAGCGUGAGCUGCGUAGCCAGCUGGAACAGCUCCAACACACUAACACCGACCUGGAGGAGAGACUGUCCGCGGAGCAGGCAAAGAGGCAGCAGGAAGUCCAAUGUCUACAGACUGAAUUAGACGCUCAGCGUGUCCUUGUGGCCUCAUUAAAUACGCGGAUAGAGGAGCUGAAUGAUGAUCUGGUCACACAGAAAAGGAAACGCGCCGUCAAUCUGAAGGAUCUCACCAAACAACUCCAGCAAGCACGGAAGAAAAUGGAGCAGAUGGAGAAUGGGAACUAUGAGAAAGACGUCGGAAGUAUUGGGAGCAGAUCUAGUUCUUCCGGAUCUCUUAACGCGCGGAAUGGCAGUGAGGACCGCUCGCCGGAGAACUUGGGGCCCACCGUGGUGGUGGACAACUUCCCUGAAGUAGACAAAUCCGUCCUGAUCGACCGGAUAAUUAGACUCCAGAAAGCACACGCCCGGAAAAACGAAAAGAUAGAAUUCAUGGAGGACCACAUAAAGCAACUGGUGGAGGAAAUUAGGAAAAAAACAAAAAUUAUACAGAGUUAUGUGUUACGCGAGGAGGCCGGGACUCUCUCAUCAGAAGCCUCAGACUUCAACAAAGCUAAUUUGAGCAAACGUGGCGGGAUAAUGGCUUCUCUGUACACCUCCCAUCCGGCGGACAGUGCUCUCACGCUGGACCUGUCGCUGACCAUUAACAGGAAGCUGCAGGAGGUCCUGGAAGACACUUUGCUGAAAAAUAUAACUCUCAAGGAGAAUCUGCAGACCCUCGGAACGGAAAUCGAUCGACUGACCAAGCCAGAAUGUAGAUUACCGCCUGGAACGUACUCCUAACACCGCUUAAACGCGGUCAUAAGUAACGCAGCACUUUCCUUUAAAAACAUUUGCCUGAAAUCGGGAAUCUGAGAUGACAGGAAUGUACCCGGACACCUGUUAUCCGUCUGUAGGAUACUCCUGAAUUAUUACAUUACAAGCUAUUGCACUAAAUACUAGGGGAACCAGUGACAGGGGUUCCUGGUGAUGCCGCACUCAUUCUCCAGGGUCUUCAGACUGUUUUAUUGUAUUCUGUCAUUUUUGUCAAUCACUAGAAAAGUGAUGUUUUACUCCCGAAGUUGCGCUCCGGUUCUCAUGGAACUACAAGCCCCAGCCAGCAAGAGAGACAGGUUGCACCAAAUCAUAGAAUGUCCUUGCAGUCCUGUGGCAGACAAUGAAUUGGCUUACACCCCCUUUGUAUCAUGCUGAGCAAACGUAAUCUAUAAGGGGACUAACAGGUCGGUCCGUCCGACCCUUGAUUUUAAAAUAAUGAAGAUUUUGUAUUUAUUGAAUAAUUCUCUUUAUUUUCUGUCCUUUGGAUUGCCGCCUGCACUGAGUGUCUAAAGUAAUCUGUUGGGUGAAAGAAUAUUAAUGUGAAAAUUGGGGUUGUAUGUGUCCCGUCUACAAAGUGACUUUUACACAUUUUUGUUCUCAUUUCCAUGCAAUUAGUCUAAGGCCAGUUACCCACUGACGUCCUAAAUUAGAAUGUCCUGGCUGUUACGAUUAAUAGGAUACGGUGCUUCCAGGCUGUAGUGUGUAGUGCGUCGGACAGAUGCACACUGCUACGUGACGUUUGUUCUGUCCCACCCGUCGUCUCGGCCUACCCUAACUCUAUUAUGGGAAAACACGUCUGCCCAGAGACUUCCAGGCACCACUUCCUAAUUCAUUAUUCCUGAAAUGGUCUUCAAUCCUCUGAAGAGCUUCAAAGGAUUAUUUUUAUUCUGUCAUCUGUGUUGAUUGAAUUAGAGAGCUUGAGAAAUUGGAGAGGCUGAGUUAACGCCUGAUGUGGGCGCUGCCUUCAUUACUUGGCAAUCUGAGUGUGUGUGGCGCCCCCUGGAAAUGUCAGCAAGAAGUCGCGUCCAUUUAUCUAGUGUUUACAGAUGUGUCCUCCUACAGCUUUGCUCCGUGCACUACAAGUCGCGUUACACCACGUGUGAGUGCUGUGUGACUCUGUAGCGCUGAUCAUCUUUUUUUGCACCCCCCCCC